AUGCACCGUCUUGAGCCCGCGUUUGCCGAUGCUGACCCUGAUGCGUAUAUGCAGACUGUGCUGACGCUGCUGCCCCGAAUCUUGAUGGAGGGUAUUGGCCUGAGAACUUUAGAGACUGUUGUUAUACUGUUCAUGUAUAUUCUACCUAUUGGUCAGGCGAGCUCGGCGGCAUCGUUGCUAGCCAUCGCUGUUCGGAUGUUGUAUAGUCUCGGAGGAAAUAGGUAUUGUGUCAUCCAUGAGGCAGAAGGAAGACAUCUGCGCGCUCUAUUCUGGCUCUGCUAUGGUCUCGAUAAAGACAUGGCAAUCCGUUUUGGUCACCCUCCUUUGAUGAAAGACGACGACUGCGACUUGCAGCUGCCCGACAACUACGUUCUGUCAUCUUCAGAUCAUCAAUUCUUUAUUAAAGCCUUGUCGUCUCAAGAGCUUUUGUUCCCCUCGGACAUCCGCCUUUCCUUGAUCAAAUCUAAGGUGUAUCAUCUCCUCUAUUCUGACUAUGGCCGGGGACAGCCUGAGGCCAGGCGCCUUCAGUACAUUCGCGAACUAGAUCAGGAACUACUUGACCUGAAGUCGAGCUUCCCUGAUAGCUGCUGGCCUGAUUUGUUUGCGACUGAAAACGCUCGCAAUUACACAUUCCAUGAUCUAAGCUUACGUGGUGUGAACCUGCACCUGGAGUACUACUUUUGCCUGGGCAAAAUCCACGGCGCAGUUAGUGCUUGCAGCCAGCUCUCUCCCCAGGAGUGGUCCUUCCUGCCCUCUAGUGCGGAGCUCUUUUACCAGGAAUCAAGAUCCAUGCUUCUGUAUAUAUACCGCAUACGCGAUUUUCUCAACUGGCAUACUUUCUGGAUCCAUGCUCAGUUCAUAUUGACCGCUGUCCUGUCGCUGUUCCGGCAUCUGAUCACCGACCCCAACGCAUCGACUUUUGGCAGUGAUCUCCAGCUGCUGGGAAAUGUAGUAGAGAUAUUUACUGACCUUGAUCAUGAGUCCCGAGCCACCAGGCGGACCAACAACUGGUGGAAGGAGGCCACUGUCUACCAGGUAUACCCCGCAUCUUUCAAGGAUUCCAAUGGCGACGGAUGGGGCGAUAUCCCCGGUCUCGUCUCUAAGAUCCCAUACCUCCAUUCACUGGGAGUCGACGUAGUAUGGCUGUCCCCGCACUACGACUCCCCGAUGCACGACAUGGGCUACGACAUUUCCGACUAUGAAAAAGUGCUACCGGCAUACGGAACCGUUGAGGAUGUCGAAAAGCUGAUUGACGAGUGCCACCAGCGCGGGAUGAAGCUCAUCCUGGAUUUAGUGGUGAACCACACCAGUGACGAGCACGCCUGGUUCAAAGAAAGUCGCAGCUGCAGAAACAACGAGAAACGCGACUGGUAUUUCUGGAGGCCAGCGCGGUAUGAUGAGCAGGGCAAUCGUCUUCCGCCGACAAAUUACAGGGGCUAUUUCGCCGGGAGUACGUGGACUUGGGACGAGCAAACACAGGAGUAUUACCUGCACUUGUACGCGAAGGAGCAGCCGGAUUUAAACUGGGACAACCGGGCCACGCGAGAAGCCAUCUAUAACAGCGCCAUUCGGUUCUGGCUGGACAAAGGGGUGGAUGGCUUCCGCGUCGACACAGUCAACAAGUAUAGCAAACGGACGGAUUUCCCCGACGCCCCUGUCACCGACCCGAAGAGCUACAUUCAACCCGCGGUGGAGAUGUGGUGCAAUGGCCCGCGCAUCCACGAGUUCCUGCGCGAGAUGUACGACGAAGCCCUGGCGCCGUACGGGGACGUGAUGACCGUCGGCGAGCUGGCGAAUACGCCCGACCCGAAAGAUGUGCUCCAGUACGUCGGUGCGUCUGCGAAGCAGCUGAGCAUGGUCUUCCAUCUGGACAUUGGUCAUAUCGGUAUGGGCAGCAGCCUGGAAGACAAGUACAUCUUUCAGCAGUGGAAGCUCACCGAGAUGAAGGCCAUCGUUGGCAAGUGGCAGUCUUUCGUCGAGGGGACGGACGGGUGGACGACAGCUUUCUGUGAGAACCACGACAACGGCCGGUCUGUGUCACGAUUCGGAUCCGAUGACCCUGGGUUCCGAGAACGCUCCGCUAAGAUGCUGGCGUUGAUGAUGGUGACCAUGACCGGAACCUUGUUCUUGUACCAAGGGCAGGAAAUCGGGAUGAUCAAUGCGCCGCGGGAUUGGUCAAUCGAUGAGUUUAAGGACAUUGAAGGGCUGGGAUAUUAUCGAGAAGCCGAGCGCCAGGCGGCAAAUGGCACCGAUACGAGCAGACCCGAACGCAUCAUGGAUGGACUGCGAAUUCUGGCGCGAGAUCAUGCCCGACUGCCGAUGCAGUGGGACGAUUCUCCCAACGCGGGAUUCACGACGGGAACACCGUGGAUGCGUACUCACGAUCUGUACAGAGAUAUCAACGUGAAGAAGCAGGAGUCAGAUCCCGAAAGUGUCCUUUCGUUCUGGAAGACGGUACUGCGGCUGCGCAAGGAGUACCGUGACUUAUUUAUCCAUGGUGCGUUUGAGGUGGUGGACUUUGAGAAUCUCGAGACCUUUUGCUUUGUGAAAUCGAGGGAGGCGAAACGGGCACUGGUUGCCUUGAACUUCACCUCCUCACCUCAGCCACUCACUCAAGCCGGCAUGGCAGGACAGAUGAAGCUUUUGGUCAGCAACUAUCCCACCUCGACAUUGGAUACACUACAGCCCUACGAGGGGAGGAUCUACAUAUUGUGA